UGCUGCACACCCCUCGUUAAUACACAUGCUGCCCGGGGCAGACCCUGAGAAUGACAUCAACUUGCUUAUCUUAGAAACCUCGGAACCUGAUGCAGGAUGGGGAGGUUGCCUUGCAUCUGCCCAGCCAACUAAUUGUGAGCUCUGCCGGCCGUGAUUGGCUCCGCGGCCGCUCAGUAGUAGGUUAAGCAAAGACAUCGCGGGUCCAUCUGUUCGUCCAUUCAUUGUUCUGCUUGCUUGCCUGAAGUCUGCAGCUGAAAUCGUGUUAAGGAGUUGCUUCUGGAGCAGCUAAGAGAAACCAAUGUCUGUGUGUUUUCCAGCCAACGUGAGUAUGGGGGCUUCUCUCUGCACAAACGGGACGGUUCACCUUUCUGGCGUUGCAGCUUUAUCAGUUUGCAUUUGGACAAAGAGCCAGCCUGCAUGUCGGCUGAGAUUUGCACACUUUGGGUGUCUCUUGGAAAAAGAGGGAUAGAAAAACAGUUGUGUGCUAAGAGAAUACGGAACACUUUAUAUUCAGGAAUACAAGAAAAACAGCAAAGUGGAGUCAAGUGCAUGCAGCAGCUUCAUGGGCUUGAAGGAUCAUCUGGGGCAUGACUUAGGCCACCUUUAUGUGGGGAGCACUGGCACACAAAUAAAUGCAAUUGUACCUUGGUCGAUGGCGGAGAAGCCAACGAUGGAUAAGGUUAAUUCUAGGAAAGAAGACAGAGAAAAGGAGACAUCUGAAGAGACUUCUGGAAGCUCCAGCUGUGACUCUGAAGAAAGCACAAAUUCUGAUAAUGAUUCAGAGAGACUGAAUAAUUCUGCAUCGGAGUCACAUUUAUUGCCUAAGACUCAUCGACAGCUGUGCCGAUCUCCUUGCUUAGAGCCUCAUAUACUCAAAAGAAAUGAAAUCUUGCAAGACUUUAGGAUAGAAGAGGCUCAGAUAGUACCUAAAGAAGUCAAAAAGCCUCCUGAUGUGGUGAAAGAAUAUCAAACCAAACUGGAGUUUGCACUUAAGUUGGGUUACUCUGAAGAGCAGGUUCAACUUGUACUAAAUAAACUUGGUACUGAUGCUUUAAUAAAUGAUAUUUUGGGAGAACUUGUCAAACUUGGGAAUAAAACUGAGACUGAUCAGACUGUAACUAAUGCUAACACUAGUGUAAUGCGUGAAGCGUCUUCCAUAGAGUCUCAGAGGUCAGAGUCUCCACUGCAGGAGGAUGUGACAGAGGAUGGAGACAACCUGAGGCCAAUAGUUAUUGAUGGCAGCAAUGUUGCAAUGAGCCAUGGGAACAAAGAAGUAUUUUCUUGUCGAGGAAUCAAAUUGGCAGUAGAUUGGUUUUUGGAAAGAGGCCACAAGGAUGUUACUGUGUUUGUGCCGGCAUGGAGGAAAGAACAGUCGAGACCAGAUGCUCUUAUAACAGAUCAAGAAAUCUUACGUAAAUUGGAGAAGGAGAAGAUUCUCGUGUUCACUCCGUCCCGGCGCGUGCAGGGGAGAAGGGUGGUGUGCUACGAUGACCGAUUCAUAGUGAAGUUGGCCUUCGAGUCAGAUGGCAUCAUUGUCUCCAAUGAUAACUACAGGGAUCUAGCUAAUGAAAAGCCAGAAUGGAAGAAGUUCAUAGAUGAACGCUUGUUGAUGUAUUCUUUUGUUAAUGACAAAUUUAUGCCUCCUGAUGAUCCUCUUGGCCGCCAUGGUCCAAGUCUGGACAAUUUUCUUAGGAAGAAGCCUAUUGUGCCAGAACAUAAGAAGCAACCAUGUCCAUAUGGGAAGAAAUGUACCUAUGGACACAAAUGCAAAUACUAUCAUCCAGAAAGAGGAAAUCAGCCUCAGCGAUCCGUAGCUGAUGAACUCCGUGCCAUGUCUAGAAGCACAGCUGCCAAAACUACAAGUGAAGGAGGACUGGUAAAAAGCAAUAGCGUUCCCUGUAGCACUAAAAACGAGGGCACUUCAGAGCUGAAGCGCGCUGCUCCAAAGAGGCAAUCAGAUCCUAGUAUAAGGACUCAAGUCUAUCAGGACUUGGAGGAAAAGCUUCCCACCAAAAACAAAUUGGAAACCAGGUCUGUACCUUCUUUAGUUAGCAUACCAAGUUCCUCUGCUGGAAAACCCCAAAGUACUGCACCUUUAACUAACGGCCUUCCAUCCGGAGUUCACUUCCCACCUCAGGAUCAAAGACCACAGGGACAGUAUCCUACAGUGAUGAUGGCAACCAAAAAUCAUGGAACACCAAUGCCUUAUGACCAGUAUCCAAAAUGUGAGUCUCCGGUGGAUGUAGGGUAUUACUCUAUGCUGAGUGCAUAUUCAAAUCUCAGCAUUUCGGGACCGCGUAGUCCCGAGAGGCGCUUCUCCCUGGACACAGAUUAUCGGAUUAGCUCUGUAGCUUCCGACUGCAGCAGCGAGGGGAGCGUCAGCUGUGGCAGCAGUGAUUCCUAUGUGGGUUACAGCGACCGCUCCUACAUGAGUUCUCCUGACCCACAGCUGGAGGAGAACUUGAAGUGCCAGCACAUGCACGCCCAUGGCCGCCUUAACACUCAGCCCUUCCUGCAGAGCUACCAUGAGCCCCUGGCUCGAGUGCAGAGCUACAGCCACGAAGAACCAAAGCACCACCACAAAUCUCCCAUUCCGUACAUGGCUGUGCAUCUGCAGCACCCAGCAGUCGGUGCUCGUUCCAGCUGUCCCAACGAGUACUCUGCGCCUCAGAGCUCGUCUCAUUCGAAGGCACUGCACCUGGGGAGAGCCCUGGUGUCCACGAGGAUAGACAGCGUCUCAGACUCGCGCUUGUACGAAAACUCCCCCUUAAGACACAGGAAGCCUUACUCUGGCCAGGAAGGGCUGGGAGGCUGGGAUAGGCAGAGUUACGGCAUGGAUGCCUACGGCUACCGCCAGACGUACUCCUUGCCCAGCAACCCCACGCAGCCAUGCUAUGAGCAGUUCGCCUUCCAGAGCCUUCCCGAGCAGCAGGAGCAGCCCUGGCGCGUCCCUUACUGUGGAAUCCCCCCGCAAGACCCCCCAAGGCUCCAAGACACCCGGGAGAAGGUUUACAUUAACCUCUGCAACAUCUUUCCCCCCGAUCUUGUGAGGAUGGUGAUGAAGAAGAACCCUCACGUGACGGAUGCUCAGCAGCUCGCUGCUGCCAUCUUAGUGGAGAAGUCUCAGCUAGGUUAUUGAGAGAUGAUGCAUCUUUGUGGUGUCUCGUAGUUUUCAGCUCAGCUCUAAGGCUGAGGGAGGUUUGCUACAAUAGCAUUUGGGAUCUCCUUCUCAGCAAGGAGGUUAUAUAGUAAUCCGUUUAUGUGAAAUACUGUAUCAUGGAGUCUGUAUGUAUAGCCCCAUGCAUUGGAAGUACCAGAUACGUUUUGUGUUCUAGUUUGAAAAUUUUUAAAUGGCUAUUUUCACAUCUGGAGGAUGUUCCAGUUUAAAUUAAUAUAUAUAUAUAUAGAUAUUAAAAAAAAUCUGUGGUCUCUGGUUAUAAUCUUUGGUGCAUCAGGGGUUUAUAUGCAGCACUUUCUUAUCAUUGUUACAUUUUGUUGGGAUUUUUAGUUUCGUUUUUUAACUUGCUGGAUGCUUAUCCUUGGGCUGUCAGAUAUUAACCUGCAGAAUGAGGAUUUUGCUACUUCUGGCAGGGAAUUUUCAAGCCAAUUUUCAAGCCAAGUUUCUAAACUUUUUAAACUGCCACGAGUAUGUCUGAUGUAUGUUUGUUUGUUUUUGUGAGCUUUUUUGUGCUGUAAUCACCUGGUUGUAGAAAACAAAGAUUUCCUACAGCACUGACUUCAUUUUUUGUAACAAAUAACCAAGUUACCAGUUAACAGUGAAAUGGGUAACAAUAUAUUGGUAAUUUAUAGUAUGGCACUUUUUGUUGCUUUCUUUGUUUUGCCUAAAUAGUUACAUGUUUUUGUUGAUGCAGUCAAUUAGUAAGAUCAGAUGCAAACAGAGGAGGAAAAGAUUUUUUUUUUUACUUAUUUAUGGAUAUGUUAAAAGCCUUAUUGCCUGAUUUUCAGAGGUACUGAGAAUUUGCAGCCCCCUUGGGAGCUAAGAGAAACUGCAAAUGUUCAGAACCCCCCCAAGCUAGGCUGCCCUGUUUCAGUUCCCGUGUGUUGUUACCCAGCUCUGUGUAUCUCUGGUCAGUAGAUGGGGACCUGAAAUCGUAGGGCCCUGUUUAGUUGUUUUAUAUGUUUUUCUUUUGUAUUGCUGCACAACUGUACUGGAUAAAAUAUGCUUUUCAUAAAGUAUUUACCUGUUUUUAAAUGAAUUUAAUUAUCUCAAUGCAAGUUUUGUAUUUAAGAUACUGUUUGAUUUUUCUUGCUAUUUAUCAAGGCUGGCCUGAAAAGGUUUUGUGUGUUCAGGAUAUGCAACAUUUAUUAUCUGCACUAUGGUAAUGAUA